AGCAGCAACGGCAAACUCUGUGGCUCGGGCGCGUCUCGGGCUCUCGGCCCUUUUGCGGCCCACCUGCAAAUUCUCGACCUCCGCAAAGCUUCCUCUUCCUCCCGCCCGCCGCCGCAGGCCGCAGCCGCCUACCCCACAUGCUCGCCCGCGCGCGCCGCCUCCUCCUCCUCCCGCCCCACACACCUCGCGCUCUCUCCACCACCACCGCCACGCCGGCGCCGCUCUCCGCCGCGGAGCUCGAGGCCCUCCUCCGCCGGGACCACUACUCCGCCGCCACCCGCCGCUUCCACUCGCUCCUCCCUCUCCUCACCCACCCCUCCCUCCUCCUCGCCUCCGCCCUCCUCCUCCGCCGCCGCUCCCACCCUUCCCUCCCCCUCCCCCUCUCCUCUCCCCUCAACCUCCCCACUCCUCUCCCCACAGCCCCACCGUCCCCGUCCUACCACCUCCGCCUCAUCCUCCCCUCCCGCCUCAAAGCCGCCCCGCUCCCCUUCCCCACCCUCCCCCUCCACCUCUCCCUCGUCACCGCCGCCGCGACCCUCUCCGCCGUCUUCGCCCCGCGCGCCGCCACCUUCGCCUACCGCGCGCGCCACGCCGCCGUCCGCUACCUCCGCGCCAUCCCCAACCCUUCCUGGUUCUUUCGCCUGGCCAUCCCUCGCCAGCGCUUCUCCCCGCGCCACGUCCGCCGCCUCCUGGCCACCGUCUCAGCCAAAAUCGAUGACCCGGGGUUCCUCGACUACAUCCACCAGCUCUUCCUGUCGGACGCGGUCGCCUUCGACCUCGGGGGCAACGAUCUCGGCCGCGGGUUCCCGCAGGAGUCGGACCUCGCCGCCACGCUGCUCAACAUAUUCUUCGAUCCCGUGGAUCGAGAGGUCAUGGCUGUCCGGGAGGAGGUGCACAAGAGGAAUCCUAGAGUUAAGGAUGAGAGCGUCCUGCAUACGCCCGUGAGAGUGUAUGCCGCGCGGUAUCUGGAUGAGAUGAUGGUCGUGACUUCCGGUUCGUCGAAGAUGCUCACGCUUGAGGUCAGAGAUCGGAUUCUAACAGUGCUGGAGAAGGACUUGGAGGUGAAGGUUGAUAGGCUGGGGAGCUCGGUUCAUAGUGCUGUGUCGGAGAAGAUGGAGUUCCUGGGGAUGGAGUUCCAGGCUGUGCCGCCGUCGGUGUUACACCCUCCCAUGUCGGAGAAGGCGAAGAGGGAAAGGAAGAUGUAUCUGAAGAGGAAGGCGGCACAGGCACAGGAGCUGAAGAAUGCUCGGGAGACGCGGAGGAAGAAGCUUGGGUUGAAGAUACUGAACUACCUGUUCAAGAAGGUGAGGCGGGGGUAUGAGGUCGAGUUUGGUUUCCGUAUUGAGCACGAAGUGCGGCAGCAGUUCAAGGGUUGGGCGGAGGAGACAGUGGCCGAAUACUUCAAGUCGCAGGACCACUGUCGCUAUUGGCACCGGUUGCUCAUGUCUGGUGACUUCUUGUCAUUGAAUAGGGUGAGGGAUCAGUUGCCGCCAGCACUGGUAGACUCCUAUGACAAGUUACAGGAAACAGUCGACAGGUUCUUGAUGCCGAUGAAGGGCCAUGACAUGACUGAGGACAAGGAGAGGCUAGCAGAGGAGGAGGAUGAGAGACAAUAUGAGAAGAGGACUGUCGAGGACUUGACAGAGUUGAAGAUGAGGGUCAAUGCACCAAUGGAGCUUGUAAGAAAGGCUGUAAAGUUGGCUGGGUUCACAAAUUCCAUGGGACGGCCACGGCCAAUAAAGCUACUUCUCUGUUUGGAUGAUGCCGAUAUCAUCAAAUGGUAUGCCGGUGUUGGGAGAAGGUGGCUAGAUUUCUUCUGCUGCUGUCGGAAUUUCAGGAUGGUCAAGAUUGUUGUGAGUUAUCACUUGAGGUUCUCCUGCUUCUUGACAUUGGCUGAGAAGCAUGAGUGCACCAAGAGGCAAGCAAUCAGGCAUUAUACAAAGGAUUUGAAGGUGACAAAUGAAGAUGGAGCGGCAGAAGUGUACUUCCCAACAGAGCGGGAGAUCAAGAUGAUGGGUGAUAAGAAUCUCUCUGAUCCGAAGCCUGUCGAUGGAGCCUUGACAAUGAUCUUGGUGAGAUUUGCAGUCAAUGACACCUCCUAUCCUUGCCUGGCACAUUUUUGUACUGGAACAGAUACUCUGCUUUACCGAAUACGUCUGCUUCAGAAUCGCCUUAACGUAGAUCCCUUGAAUGAGAAGAAGUGGGUCCAAGGACUAAGCGCCAUUCAUGAGAGUGUGAACAAGAAAUGCCUCCCAUUAUGUGCCAUGCAUGCAAGCGAUCUACUUCUUGGCAAGAUUACUCUCCAAGAUAUUGACUGUACUCAGUUUGUUGAUGUGGAGUGAAAAGAAACACACUUGCAUGAUAACCUGUUUAAAACAGACAGUUCGCACAAAGAUGCAAUACUUCAGUGCUUGUCAAGUGCUUUUUGUGUUGGUUGCAUUUGGUGGAGUUAGAUUGGCAUUGUACAUAUCAUGGAUAUCCAUCAUCCUGUCAUUGGUUUAGAAGAAAUACUGAUUGUUUCUUUUUCCAGAGGCAUGCUGUGGUGUCCAAGUUUUAGCAUCGCAUGUCCAAACUAACUUCAGAUCAAUGUUCCUCAGGGUCUGCUUGUCCCCCCUUGACUGUUUAUAUGCAUAUCUAGCCAGGGAUCCAUCGUCAUCAUGAGGUGCUGUCAUCCAUGGUUAAGCUUCCAAGUGGCUCCUUCCUCUCUCACAAUCACAUGGCUGUGGAUUGAACAAAUCAGCAGGAACCUGUUUGUGAUUACUCGUCAGAUGAGUCGUCUCCUUUUCCACUGUGGAUUGAACAGCCACUAUUACGUGCUCCACUAUACUUUUCCACAGUUUCGCACACAAGGUUCCACCAGCUGCAGGCUACUGCAGAAGCUGCUUCUACAACUACUAGCAAGCAUACAUCCAUCCAAGAACCUCAGUGCCAUGUAGGCGAUUUGAUCGAUCUGCUGCAUUUCUGCAUCGGACAACCAUCGUGAACUGCUCCUGUUCCUGCCUGGUAGUAAUGCAUUAUGCUAGUGUCCUGCACACUUGGCCACGUUUCGGGUAACAGCAUGUUCACUCUUGCUGCUGUGCUGCUGACCGGCUGUGCAGGCUGGCAGUGGCAGGCAAUCAAUUUUUUCCAUGAUUGUUCGCGUGUGCAGUGCAGGCGCCUACUGCUGGACGGUGCAGGUGCUUCCUUCCAUGGCAUGGUGGACCAUUGUAGUGAAUUUGCACAUUUUUCUGUACGAUGGAUAAGAUGUUAAUUGGGGGACCCCAAAGCUAACAAACAGCAUGGGCUUUGUGUAUAUGUUCCGGAAGCGUUAGUUCCCGUCAGUAAGGGAGGAGGCAGAGGCAGCAGGACUCCCUCGGCGCCAACCACGGCGAGGCUGGGCGGCCGACCCCGGCGUCCGGCGCCGGAGCCUUUUGCCGGCUCUGGCGUCAGCGACGCCAGGCAGCCAUCGAGGA